GACAACUUUUUUUUCUAUUAUUUUUGUCUUAUCCUUUAAACAGAAAGUCAUAAAAAUAUAAGCUAUAUAUUUUUUUUCGUUACUGCCACAUCGUCCUCUAGGUAAUUCGCCAAUGAAAUAUUGAUCUGCCUAUUCUUGAUCUUGUUUUGUCUAUAACAUAAUCCUGUGUGGUGAUGGGUCUAAUCUAUGUCAUAGCAUCUUAUAAGUUUAAAAGGUCCGUUUUAGUUGUGUAAAUGCAAAUUAUUAUUCCCAGCUUGGUGGCUCAAGAUCAAUUUCACCAUUCACAUCGCAUCCAUCCAGUUUGUUUCUGAUUGGUCCCUCCCCUUUCAGCAGUGUAUAUUCAUUGGCACCCCGAACUGUCAAUCAAAGCAUAGACGCAUGUUUUGGUUUUCAGAAUUGAUGCUAUAGAAAACUCAUAAAAUUGCAGCUGAAACGGGAGAGAGGAUGCGGUCGGUAAGAACACAUUUAACAGCCUGUUGGACGCAGAAGUUGACAGUCAACAUUCAAUCAAAAUAUCCUCUCUUUCUUGCUUUGGACGGUUUAAAUAGGUAAAAGAAACGAUAAAGGACUAUUAUUAUACGUGGACUGACAUGCACACUUGGAAGUCAGAGGUCCAGAUGCAGAAACCUGCAGCGCUUUUUGGGAUGGUCAGUCAUCAAACAGAUUUUACCGAGCUGACUUUCUCCAUGUUCAGCAGUAAAACAGACAUCUGCCCGAAACGCGUCUCUUCUGACGGCGGUGGCUCGAAUCCCGCCUCGAUACAGAUGCGCUGCGGAUCUGAAGAUCUCAAACUCCACGCGCAUCACACAUCCAAACUUCACUGUUUCACCAUGUCACCUGGAGAUGUGAAUGGAGGAUGUAUCUCAUUCUGUUCAGAGAAGGAGAGCGCUCCUGAAUUGACAGCAGAAGAAGGAACCUUGCUGCGCUGUGGGCAGAACCUGCCAGUUCAGUCUGGAGCCCAGUACCACCACAGCAACCACUGUGAGCAGCCCGCACAGAGCCUUCACCUGCAGGAGAGCCCCCACCGAGACACCAGGUCUGCUGGCUUUCAGACGGAUCUCAGCUCGUCGUCUCUGUCCGGUGGCGUCAAUGGGUGUCAUGCUUUGCCAUCGUACCCCAUCAAACAGGAGGGCUACAAGCUGGGAUCUGCCCUCAGCGACUUUUCAGGAGGGAUGGGAGCAGGUCGCAGGGAAUUGGACCGUCCGAACAGCAGUGAUGGCGGCGAUGACAGUAACUUAGCAACUGUUCUGUCGUUGUCAGCAAUGGCGGUGACUGUGUAUCCAUUUAAUAAUGAAGAUGGCUCCUCCCCACUGGCUUUGUCCCCGAGCUCGCGUCACUCAGCAAGGCCGAACGCGAGCGGACUGAAGAGACGCUGCCUCUUGGUGGCCUCCCAGUCAGCCUCAGAGGGAAUCGAUAUUGCCGCCAACAUCUGCUCCUCCCAGAUGUCCUGCGUUAACGGCCUGCGCACCAAUUCGUCGUCGCCUACCGCCACCACGUUCUCCCACAAGCCUCUCCCCGCACCCAGCCCUCAGCUGCCAUCACCUUCCACCUCGUCCUGCCUCCUACCCCUGUCCUCCUCGUCGUCAUCCUCCUCAGUGUCAUCAGUGGAGCAUUGUGAGGACGUAGCCUCCAUGCAGCCGGGGCCCGGCGUGGUUAACGGCAACGGGCUUGGACUUCUCAUACAGCCCGGUGCUCUGCUGGACAGCUGUACGGCGACGCUGAAACAGGAACCGGUGGAUGAUUUCUCUCCAAGUGAGGAGGAGCUCUUUCAGCAUCACUAUCACCAUCUGACGAGCCGUGGAAGCCACUGCAUUGGGCAUUCCCACCAUCACCACCACCACCACCACCACCAAACAGGCCCCCCACGGCCACCCAUGCCCCCUCCCUACCACCUGCACCAGUACAUGGGCUCCGGCCCAGGAGCUCUACUGCAUCUUCAGAGCCAGCAACAGUCUCCACCCUCAGGCCUGCUGGCACAGCCCAAACCCACAGGCCUGGUCGAACAGCAGGUGAGCGACAGGGAGGACGUAUUUAGCGAUAAGCAGGUAUGCCGCUGGAUUGACUGCAGUGCGGCGUACGAGCAGCAGGAGGAACUGGUUAGGCAUAUCGAGAAGGUCCACAUCGACCAGCGAAAGGGCGAGGACUUCACCUGCUUUUGGGCCGGAUGUGUCCGUCGCUACAAACCCUUCAACGCCCGAUACAAGUUGCUCAUCCACAUGAGAGUUCACUCUGGAGAGAAACCUAACAAAUGCAUGUUUGAAGGGUGUAACAAAGCCUUCUCGCGGCUGGAGAAUCUGAAGAUUCACCUGCGGAGUCACACAGGAGAGAAGCCGUACCUGUGUCAGCACCCAGGCUGUCAGAAAGCAUUCAGCAACUCUAGCGACAGGGCAAAGCACCAGCGCACACACCUGGACACUAAACCAUAUGCGUGUCAGAUCCCAGGCUGCACUAAACGCUACACAGACCCCAGUUCUCUACGCAAGCAUGUGAAGAUCCACUCUGCCAAAGAGCAGCAGGUGCGUAGGAAGCUAAGGGCCUGCCCCCAUUUAGAAUCAGAUGCUCUGAGUGAAUGUCUGUCAAUCCAGCAUCUGCAUGGCCCUGCCCCUUCCCAGCAUUCCCACUGCCCUGCCACCUCUCAGCACUCUCUGAAUGGGAAAGAAGGCCGUUCCCCAGCACUCGGGCAGGAAAUAUACACAGGCCUGUACUCCGGCCCCAGCACGACACACAAUGGUGCCCCACUUGAGUUGCUCUCUUCUGGACCUGACCUGCCCCCCAGGCAGCCCCGCAUGGACCGCGACAUUGGCAGCCCCCACCAUCUCUCCCCACUGUCUGGCCUUGAGAACACCCGGGAAGGGUUAUCUGGAGCUUUGUUGUCUCCAGGGAUCAGUCUGCUGAAGGCUGCUACAUCUCCUCCACCAACACUAGAGAAGCAACAGAACUCCUCUUCCAACCAGCAACACCUCCACACUCAUCAUAAACCCUAUGCCACCUUCCACAACCUGCCUUCAAGUGAGGAUUACCGUGGCAACUUCCAGAGCUGUUUCCAUUUUGGCGACAGCUACAGAAUGGACCAGUCCAUCAGCGGCGGUCAUCAACCUGCAGAGUCUCACAGCUUCAACACAAACCCACACAAUGGCUUCCACAUGAGCUGUUCCACCAGCACCUCUUCCACAGGUUUCAGUUUGGUGCCAGACAUCAUCGGGUCGGGUUGCCAGUUCUCUCCGGGCACAGAGGAAAAUGUUUUCUUUCAGGUGGGCGGCUUCGAUCGCGGCUUGAGCCAAAUGUCUUCAGUGUACACCGAGACGUAGAAUCAGGUCAUCCUGUUGGCCAUCAACACAAAUGUCUUCUUUCAGACCAGUCUUCUUUAUUCUUUUCUUCCAUCAACACAGUUUCAACCUGUCAGAUUCCGUUUUUCUCCAAAUUCAGUUUUUUUUUUUUAUUAUUAUUAAAUGUCCUUAAAAUGCAUUGUUGAAUCACCUCAUUGGACUGAAAUAUUAUCUGCUUCCUCGAUGACCCAAAAAGCUGCUAUUCCAUUACAAUGAAGGUUAAAUAAUGAGGGCUCUGUGUUGUUGAGCGUGUUUAUUUUUGUGGGAUGUUAUGAAAUUGUGCUUUUUUCCUCAGUGUUUUGAAAGAUAUGUUCAAAGUCUCAUGAGAUACUCCCUUGUCGUCAUCACGGCAUCACUAGUCUUAAUAAAUCCAGCUGGUCAGCUCUGAUCCAAUUGUGAUUUUGGAACAGUUUGAUAGAAACUUCAGAACCACCACAGCUCAUCAAUGAUGAGUUCCACAUUUCCCUCUCAGAGCUCUUUUUCUGAUUUGUUGGCUGUUGUGUUGGAAACAAUUAUUUAGUGUUGCUGUGUUUUGUCAGUGAAUGUUUGCAAAUGUUUGUAUUGCUUUGUCAUUUGGUUGUCAUCAUCCCAGAUAAACAGAGUUCUUUAUUUUGUAAUGGUUGAUGGCUUUAAUAUCUACCAAACUUUAAACGUAUGUAUAAAAUGUACAGUUUGUUUAAUAUUAAUAAUGAUGUCAAUCUCUCAAUCUCUGAAAAUAAAUGACUCUUGAAUAUUGCA